AAGAAGCUAUUCAAUGAGUUUUUACUGGAAACUGUGGAUAUGGCAGGCGGUAGAUUGGAUAUUUUCGUUUGCAAUGAUAUGAUAGCAAACUACGAUAAGAGCAGAAUUGAGGAGAGGGGAGAAUUUUCGAGAAUGAUAUUGAUGAUGUUAGCAGCCUAA